AUGAAGUACUCAAUCGUUUUCGCCACCCUUCUUGCGGGUUCUGCUAUUGCUGCACCAGCAACCAAGCUUAACGCUAAACAAAGACUUGCUCGGCGCCACAAGCACGCUGCUAGCGUAGAAGACGAUUACAAUGUUAGUUGGGCUGGUGCCGUUCUUACUGGUGCUGCAUACACCGGUGUUUCCGCUUCUUUCGCCAUUCCUAAACCCGCGGUUGGAACAACGGGCGAGACUUCCGCUUCGGACUUCACCGCUUCUAGCUGGGUCGGUAUUGAUGGAUACAAUUGUGACAAUCUCUGGCAAGCAGGUGUAGAUUCCACAAUUGAGAAAUCUACCGGUGCAAUUUCAUAUUAUGCUUGGUAUGAAUGGUAUCCUGCCGGGACUCAAGUCAUUGAUCUAGGAACUCUCACAGCUGAAGAUGUCAUCUCGGUAAAUCUCACCACCAGCGGCUUCAACACGGGAACCGUCGUCAUGGAAAAUAAAUCCACCGGCAAAUCCUACACCAAAACCGUCUCCUCAACCAACACCCUCUGUGGUGUCAGUGCUGAGUGGAUUAUGGAAGACUUAAGCAUCGAUACCAACACCGAGGGUCUCGCAAACUACGGGAGCGUUGUCUUCACCGAUGCAAUCGCUACUACCUCCUCCAAGACAGUCAACCCAUCUGGUGCGAACAUCAUGGAUAUCGAAACUACCUCCAAUGCUAUCUUGACUAAGACUACCGUUACUGAUAACUCGGUUACCAUUGCUUAUGUUUAG